AUGUUAAUUAAAGCUAUAUUUCGUAUCAGAGAUGACCAGAGAUUGAAGGUUAGAGGGGAUGACACACACACCAAAAUGGAAAAAUUGGGCCAAACGUGUCGCCAUAACUUCACGAUAACUCAUAACUCCGUCGAUGAGUUCAAAUACCUGGCCAACUGCUCCUACAUCGACGGCUACGUACGCAUCUAUAACCUGGAGCUGGACGACGCCGACACUCUAAACAGCGUGUCGUUCCCCAAACUCAUCGAAAUCAGCGACUAUUUGCUGAUCUAUCGGGUGUUGAAGGCGACGACUCUGGAGAAGUGGUUUCCAAACUUGCGGUAUAUUAGGGGUCGGCGACUGUUCUUCGGCUACGCGCUGGUCAUCAAUGGCCUGCCGGAGGUCCAGCGCCUCGGCUUUGAUAGCCUCGAGCACAUUAAAGGCGCCGUUAGGAUCGAAAUGGUGGAUAAGCUGUGUAUUAGUCGAUAUGCGCGCGAUUAUAGGACUAUCGCGAAGGCUAUGUUCAGUGAGUGUUGUUAU